UCUAACAAAGACAUUAAGGAAAAACGCGUUCUUCUGGUUUCCAAUCUUCAAGGUGAAGUAUGUGAGGAUGAUUUAGAUAAAAUACUUACAAACAUUCGUAGAGCUGAUGUUCAGCUUAGCUUAUUAGGAAUGCACAUCCCUAAGCAUAGCCUUGAAAUGGGUGAUUGUACUAACCACACUGCCAGUGAAAAUCCUCAGUUGUCAUAUGAUGAACCUUCACAGAAAGCAAAGAAGACCCCAGCCUUGAGUUGUUUCAAAAAACUAUUACUGGAAUUGGAUGGUGACAGCUACGAAUUUGAAGAUGUUGUAUCCGCGUUAAGUAAAUUUGAACUGCGAGCCGUUGCCCAACGUGGCUGGAAAAUUUCUCUUGAAAUUGGCCCUUCCUUCAAGUUGCCCAUAGUUGGUUUUACACAAAUAAAAGAGGCUCUUCCUCCACCGAUGCGAGAAUAUUCUGUUGCUGAUCUCUCUCAUUCUAUUCAGUUCGCUAAUUCCUACCAGUAUCCUGAUGAGCCAGAAAAGAGGAUCGAUAUUUCAGAUACUGUUCGAGGUGAAUGA